AUGGAGCGGCUUCUUCCCGUGAGUUGGGUCACGCGAACCCCUCCGCCGUACGUGCCGCUGGAGAGCGACCUGACCUUCAAACUGAUGCUGUCGAAGCCCGCGAUGAUCCACGCGGGGUCAAACCCCGACCCCGCGAGGCCGGAGGGCGCCCUCCCCACCAGCGGGACGGUGGGCUCGCCCUUCGUGAAAGGGGCCCCGUUCGCCUUCAUGGAGUACAUCCUCCACCAGGGCGUGGAUCAUUACGUCUUCGACGACGCACCCAGCGCGCGGCCGAUGAAGUGGUGGAACCAGAAGUCCAACAUGCCCUACAACGGCCACAUGUACUUCGUGCGCAGUGGCCUGUUAGAUCACGUGGUACCAUCGGAAAGCCAGCCGAAUCCUCUGGCACCGUCCCGUGCGGCCGACUCUCGCCACCGCCGCGGGAGGGCAUCGCGCGUAAAGAAAUCGAUGAGGGCGGGUAAGGCAGCCCUUCCCCAAGACAGUGCUCCCGCAGGCGAGGAGCAUCACCCCCCCUCACCGAGCGUCGACCCCGCGGAGGAGUGGAAUGCUGAGCAGGGGCCAGACCUCGUCGGCCAUGACAAUCAGGCCCGAGAAGAGCUGGAGGCCAGGGAUGAGGAGCUGCAGCGUGCCCAAGCACGGCCGGCGAUUGCGGAUAUCAUCCCCUUAGGCGACCGUGCCGCAAAUCGACUCACAAUGUACGAGCAGCACGCCCGCAAGGCUUCUGAGUCGGAUGCUUUGGAUCGACCUAGGGCCUUGCUGAAACGGCAGCUGCGGCUUCGUCUGCGCCGUCGAAGGGGUCCUGCGGAGAAUAAGCAGACUGACGAAUCCAAGACACCCGGUGGAAACAGCGCCUCUGAUCCUAAAGGUCAGGAAUGCGCUGAUAAAGGGGAGAAUAGCACGAGUGAGACAGAUGGAUCUUGA